UCGCCGGUUUUUAAGGUUGCGAUUCUACUGUGACUAGUGAGUGAGUGAUAGAAGAAAACAGUACGGUGUUUUUUCCUUGUUUUUUUUACUACGGCACACGAGUGUUGUGUUGUGCCUCUGUUUUGUUUUAUUUAGCUUUCCCACUUUUCGGUCUCCCUCUUUAUGGGAGCGAGAAGCAGUUGUUGGAUUUCCCUUCUUCCGUAAACCGAAUAAUAAUACCAUCAGACAGGGUUCAUCCAGCCAGCACCAUUCCCUGGGUUGUUGGAGAAGAGGAGAAUAUAAUCGGCAUCGUCGAAUCGAGUUUCCGAGUUUUCUUUUUUGCCCGGUGCUUCUUAUUUCUAUUCCACUAUUAUUUUGAUGCCAUUCUUGAUUUUCACCGUGUGUUCUCCUUUAGGCCCUCGUUCCUUUAAUGUGUUUCGUGCACGCGGCGAGCGAACAGAGUGCAGCGUUUUUUUUUAUUAAUUCACCAGUGCCCUGCUCUGGAUAUUUACGGGCUGAGCUGGGCUGGAUGGAUGAUGUGGUAACGCUGAAUAAGUUCCCGUAAGAAGCAGUAAUUACGCAAAGAUAGCUGAACAAGAAGAAGAACAAGAAGAAGCAGCAGAGAAGUAGUGCAAGAAGCAGAUAAACAAAGAAGAACAAGCUCUGAAGAGCAGCCCAUACAUAAAACUCGGUGCUUCUCGGUGUGGCAAAGUGAGAGCAUCGUGCACAGAUGUAUUUGCGGGAAAAGUAGUGCGAAGAACCCGUUAGAUUUGUUAUGGUACAGAUUGGUAGUUGGUGGGCUCUCUGAUGCACAAAGCUUGUCGCUGUUCUACGUUGCCGUACCCAAGGAAGGAUCGACCCACGAUUUUCUGACCUACACAGCGCUACGAAAGACAGCCCUGACAUUUGUCUGGCAUUCCGGGAAAGAAUAAAGGCACCCCGGCAAAUCGCAACGAUAACAACACCUUUUCUUUUAUGCGCAAGAUCGCGGGCGUUGGCGUAAGAUCGUACCGGUGCGUGGAUCGGUGUGCGUGAGCUUGCUACCAAUCUACCAUCUUUGGAAGGCAAUAGGCCCCAGUAGUUUCUAAAAUCUGGCGAAGAAACUACCCGGGUGUGAACAGUAGCUCAUUCCAGAAUACGAUCAUCAUCCCGCCGGGCAGCAGUGAUUGUGAUCGAAACGCCAACAGAAUCACCGAAAUUGAUCCAACAGCAGCUAGAGUAGCUAGGCAGCGAAAUAAUUGCCGUCUGCGAUGGUUUCUUGAUGAUUCCCCUUCGAUGAUUGAUUGAGUUUGGAUAGAAUUGUGUGUUGGGAGUGUUUGCUGCCGUGAAGAAUCAGAAGCAACAACUUUGAAUGCGAAACCGUUACAACUCCCCGAAUCCAGAAAGCAAGCAGCUUGGACCGGAAAACAACUUCUUGGAUCGCACACACAUAACCGUUUUGGGUUUCUGCCUUUUGGGAAAGCUAGCAAGAAAACAUCAAAGUCAUUAAUCGCGCAGCAGCGGCUUACGAUUUUCGAUUGCAGUCAAAGGGACCCCCGUCUGGUGGAUCAUGAAAAGUGACACGGAAACGCUGCCCGCGGCAACCGCAAAGACCACAACCGGCGGGCUAUUUUGGCGAUCGAUUCUGUUGCAGUGACUGAUUCCCGAAAAGCAAACCGUCUGCUUCCCGCCCCCGCAGUACCCACUUGGAAAGCGGACCACGCGCAACUCGCGACUCGCAAUCCAACCGCAAGCAAACAACCCCGAAAAAAUCAAGAUCUGGCGAAAUUGAUUUGAUCGGUGUAAUGCAAUCCCCGGGGCCGAUGUGCAGUGUAGUGUGCGAAAACCGCAAAUGAAAUUCAUGUUCCUUAUAUGCUGAAGGCAUUCUUGUUCUGUUCUGUUCCGGCCACAACGCGCUGAAGCCUUCUACAGAGAGAAAGAGAGUGGAAGAAAAGUAGUUUUGGAUCCCACACCUCGAUCCAUCCCAGUGUGCAAUAAGUUCAAGUGAAUAGUAGAAAUUCUUCCUUUCCGAAGCAAAGGAAACAAAAGAAAAAGUAGUGUAAUUAAUUCAAUCGUUAUUCAAGCAAGCAUAAAAUUAAGUAGUUAAGUGGGUUAAGGUUACUACUACAUAGCUGAAGAUACACCACAUCACAUUGGAAUAGAGGAAAAUAAAAUCAUUCUCAAAUAAGUGUUAACAACGCCGUUAUAAGUUUUUACAUCACAACAACCACAACAUAACCAAGCUAAGCGUGAAUUGGUUUAAGUUAAAGUGACACCUAAAUAGCUAGUUUGUAAGGAUACAAAGCUAGGCGAUAAGUGAUUUGAAAAAUAAUUGAUUAACUACAUUUGGAAAUAUCAUAACAAGCAACAACAACUACACGAAACUACAACAAAAUGAAGCGGAUACCGAGGAAACCGAGCAGCAGCAGCCUACCGGGGUUCAGUAUGGAUCGGGAGAGCCUGGCCGAGUGGGCAAAGGAUAAGCCCCUCAGCAUACUGCAGCUGGAUCCGGCAGAUCGCGCCGUUCUGAGAAUAGCAGACGAACGCGAUGCCAUACAGAAGAAAACAUUCACAAAAUGGGUCAACAAACAUCUGAAAAAGCAUUGGAAGUAUCUCAAGACCUACACCCAUUUACAUGUAUGUGUUAUCAUCAAUGGAAUACCCUGUUGUCCGCCAGCUGCCUCUCGAAGGGUAGACGACUUAUUCGAAGAUCUGCGCGAUGGACACAACCUUCUUUCGCUCUUGGAAGUACUUUCUGGCGAACAUCUUCCAAGGGAGAAGGGAAAAAUGCGCUUCCACAUGCUGCAGAACGCCCAGAUGGCGCUCGACUUCCUGCGCUUCAAAAAAAUCAAACUGGUCAACAUCCGGGCCGAGGACAUCGUCGAUGGGAAUCCAAAGCUCACCCUCGGCUUAAUUUGGACCAUAAUCCUGCACUUCCAGAUUUCCGACAUCGUCGUCGGCCAGGAGGACAACCUGACGGCCCGGGAGGCCCUUCUGAGGUGGGCCCGCCGAUCCACCGCCAAAUAUCCGGGCGUCCGGGUCAACGAUUUUACCAGCAGCUGGCGGGACGGUCUCGCCUUCUCCGCACUAGUCCACAGAAACCGGCCGGACCUGAUCGACUGGCGAGAUUCCAGGUCCCGGCGGCCGCGGGAGCGCCUGGAGCAGGCCUUCCACGUGGUGGAGCGGGAGUACGGCGUCACCCGGUUGCUCGAUCCGGAGGACGUUGACACCAACGAGCCGGACGAGAAAUCGAUGAUCACAUACUUGAGCUCCCUGUACGAUGUGUUCCCGGAACCCCCGCAAAUGCACCCGCUCUUCGACAUGGACUCACAGCGAAGGGUACAGGAGUACCGGGAGCUAGCCCAACAGCUGCUCUACUGGUGCCGCGAGAAGACCUCCCUCUUGCAGGAACGAGCAUUCCCAACGACCCUGAUCGAACUCAAACGGUUACUGUCCGAUCUGAAUCGAUUCCGAAGCGAAGAAGUGCCACCGCGUCAACGCGACAAACAACGACUUUUUACCAUCUACAAGGAGCUGGAAAAGUACUUCGACUCCAUCGGCGAGGUGGACGUCGAAACCGAACUGCGACCCGAGUCGCUGGAAAAAGCCUGGCAUCGGCUCAUGUCCGCACUGGCGGAUCGGGACAUGAUCCUGCAGCAGGAAGUUCAGCGGCUAGAACGAUUACAGAAACUGGCCGACAAGGUACAACGAGAGUACAAACACACCGAAACAAUCAUCACCAAAAUCGAAACACGAAUCUCAGAGGAAACCCACCGCAUCGAGCGGCUACACCCGGUCGAAGCGAAGAACAUCGUCGAGGGGCUGGAGGGUGACAUCCGGCACCUGGAGCAGCCCUUCCAGGAGAUGAACGACGACUGCCUCAGCCUGAAGGACGGCCGAUACCCGCAGGCUGGGGAUCUACACAAAAAAGUAAUUAAACUGCACCAGCGAUGGUCCCAGCUACGAACAACAUUCCACACUAGCCUAGUACAAAAGCUGAGCGGUCUGAGCUACCCGGUGCAGGAAACCACCAUCACCAAGCAAACCCGAGUGGUAACGGAAACGCGCCAAAUCGGCACCAAUCCGUACUUCCGGGACGUGCAGGAGUACACCGAGUGGUGCCAAACAAAAUUGAAACAAUUGCUUACCUCCGAUUACGGUUCGGACCUUCCGGCGGCCAAGGUGGAACUGGAGCGGCACCAGCACGAGCACAAAGUCAUCGACCAGUUCCACUCGAAGAUCAUCCAGUGUGAACGGCACCAGUCCAACUUCACCGGGGACGAGCUGCAUCUGUACCAGCAGAAGCUUAGCCAGCUGCAGAAAACGUACGCCGAGCUGCUGAGCACUUCGACCAAGCGGCUGUCCGAUCUGGACGCCCUUGCAGAUUUCCUCUCGGCGGCCACUUCGGAACUCAGCUGGCUGAACGAUCGGGAACAGAUCGAAGUGAGCCGAGACUGGGCGGACAAGAACCUGGAUCUGUCCGCCGUACAUCGCUACUAUGAGCGCUCGUACGGAAAUGGCGAUGAAAAUCUGAUGUCCGAGCUGGAGAAGCGGGAGAUGCAUUUCGCCACCAUCCUGGAUCGCGGCGAGGCCCUUCUAGUCCAACAACAUCCGGCCUCCAAGUGUAUCGAGGGUCAUCUGCAGGCGCUGCAAUCCCAGUGGUCCUGGCUGUUACAGCUGACGCUGUGCCUUGAGGUGCACCUGAAGCACGCCACCGAUUAUCAUUCGUUCUUCGACGAGAUCCGGGAGGCAGAAAAUUGGCUGGUCAAACGGGACGAUAUCCUGAACUCGAAAUACAGCCAGUCUGAGUUCACGUUGGACCAGGGCGAAGGGCUGCUCCGCGGAAUGCAGGACAUUCGGGAGGAGCUGAACGCCUUCGGCGAAACGGUUGCUCACUUGCAGCACCAAGCUACGACAAUUGUGCCUUUGAAGCAGCGUAAACAGCCGGUCAACCGGCAGUGUACCGUGCAGACAAUCUGCUCCUACAAACAGGGCAACAUUUCGCUCGAGAAGAACGAAUCGUGUACCCUGUUGGAUACUUCCGGUCGGGUGAAGUGGCGAGUGAAGACUGCCAAAGGAGUCGAAGGAUCCGUCCAUGGAGUGUGUCUGCUGCUUCCUCCUCCGGACCAGGAAGCUAUCGAAGCUGCAGAUCGAUUGAAGCGUCUUUUCGAUCGUUCCGUUGCCCUCUGGCAGAAGAAACAGCUGCGAUUGAGGCAGAACAUGAUCUUCGCCACUAUCAAGGUGGUCAAAGGAUGGGACUUCGAGCAGUUCCUGGCGAUGGGUGCUGAACAGAGAACGGCCAUCCGGCGCGCUCUCAACGACGAUGCCGACAAACUGUUGGCCGAGGGCGAUCCGGCCGAUCCACAGCUGCGCCGGCUAAGACGGGAGAUGGACGAAGUCAACCGACUGUUUGAUGAAUUCGAGAAACGUGCCAGAGCCGAAGAGGAGAGCAAACAAGCGAGCCGAAUCUUCACCGAGCAAUGCAUCUCCCUGAAAACCCGACUGGAGGAGAUGGCACGCGAACUGGAUCACAUCAUCCUGUCACCGAUGCCCCGCGAUUUGGACUCACUCGAACAUUCGGUCCAAAUCCUCAAUGACUACAAGCGUCGCCUUGGUCUAUUAGAACCAGACCUAAGACAUCUGCAGGAAACAUUCCGUACUAUUACCCUGAAGACUCCGGCCCUGAAGAAGAGCCUGGACAACCUGCUGGAACUGUGGAAGGAAUUGAACACCCAGGCCAGCCUGCACGGUGAUCGAUUGAAGCUGCUCGAGGGUGCCCUAGCUGGUCUGGAGGACAACGAGCAGGUCAUUUCGGAUCUGGAGGGCAAGCUGUCCCGACAACUGGAACUCCCCUCCAGCCAGGAGGGACUGUACGAGGUGUUUAAGAAGCUUACCACAAUCCAGGAAACCAUUUCGGCCCAGCAACCGGAAAUGGAUAAGAUGAACGAUUCCGCUGAUCAGCUGGGUCGAAUGGGUGUACCCACUAAGGUCCUCGGAGAUCUUAAGCGGCUACACGCCAACGUUGAGCGGUUGAACUCACGCUGGAACAACAUUUGCGCACAAUUGGCUGAACGGCUACGAAGCGUUGAAACUGCCAUCGGGUUGAUGAAGAACCUCCAAACGAGCAUCGUCGUAGAAGAGACCUGGGUCGAGAAACAGACCGAAAAGCUGCAAGCGUUGCCAACUGCCACGUCUGCCCGGGAACUGGAUACCAUGCUGGGCGAAACCCUGGAACGGGCGCCAAAGGUCGAGCAGGUCAAUCUCACCGGUGGCCGGCUGAUCCGUGAAGCUAAGAUCUACGAUGGCAAGUGCCUGCACUACAUCGACUGGCUGGUCGAGAUAAGGCCUAGCUUUUCGCCGCCGCGGCAAGAUUUGCGGCCACCGGACGUGGACCCAGGCGCCACGGAAGUGUACUCGAGGCGGCUCGACGGGCUGAACGGCCGCUACGAAUCGCUGAUCGAGCAGCUGACCCAGCGGCUCAAGACGGCGAUCGAGGUGAAUGGCGCGGACGGAUUGCGCUUUGCCGAAAGUCUACAAAGGCCGCUUCGAACGUACCGAACAGAGUUCAAUCUGGGCCGUCCGGUGAGCAGCAUCGAUGCCGAAGGUGCCGACGUCGAUGGCAAUGCCUUCCAGGAAGUAACGGAAGACAUCUACACCAGCACCUACACGGCGACGCAAAUAACAAAGAUUUCCAACAACAAGCUGAUCUACGAUUCGUUGGAUAGCAGCAGCAGCACUAGUGCCGGUCCAGGUCGGGAGGGAUCCCCGAAGAAAGUGAGCAAAAUCGAGAUGCAGUCGGAUGUGCAUCAUUCCAGCAAUGGUGACGGCGCCUCGUCGGUGCAAUUUACGGAAAUCCGUAGCCUGAAGCGUAUAUCGCGGGCGAAUGAAGCCGUCGGUACCAAUAAUGGUAGCGAAGAUGGCGAGUCCAUCCUAAAUAUGCCAGGCAUUGUGGACCCGGUCAGUGGGAGGAUUUUAACGGUUGGGGAAGCGAUUCGGUUAAGAAUAUUGGAUGUGCGGAGUGGUCAGCUGAAUGUAGAUGGCGAACGUUUGAGUCUGGAGGAAGCCGUUAGGAGGAAAUUGAUCGAUGCCGAUCUGGUGGAUAAUCUGUUGAGGCCAGGAGCUGCGCAGGAUCGCGACGGGCGGCCAAUGAGUUUACUGGAGGUGAUCCAGAAGGAAAUCUUGGAAGCGGAAAAUGGCUACGACAGCACGGAAAAGCGGAUCAAGGUAACAACCAGCAGCAGCGAUUCAUCUCCUGUAAAGCGCACCUCCACUGUAAAGUAUAACGAGAAAGAAGCAAAAAGUAUUGUCGAUGCGAUUAAACAAGGUUUGGUCGAUGCCAGUAGUGGCCUCUAUCGCACGGAUGCCGGCGACUUGAUCCCGCUGGCCGACGCCUACGAAUUCGGCUAUCUGGUUCGCAAUGAAACCAUCAAAAUUGCGCCCCACACGCUCUCGCUGACCGAUUCGAUCGGCCAGGGCCUGGUGGAUAAUGGUGGUUGGGUAAUUGAUCGUAACACUGGCGACACGUUCCGACUAGACUCAGCCAUCGCGAAGAAGCUCGUGAAUCCCGACUUGAGGGAAAUAGUGGACACCAAGAAUGACAUCAAAAUCACUGUGGCUCAAGCUAUAGAACAGGGUAUCUUGAACGCGAAAACAGGUCGUUUUAUGAAUCCGUUAACGAAGGAAAAGCUUACCUUUGCGGAAGCUCGCAAUCGGCAGCUUAUCUGUAAACCGAUGACUUUGAAAGAUGUGUGCGAUUUGAAUUUGUUUGACAAGGCGGAAAAAAUUGCCUCUCCCACGAGACGGGAGCGGGUCAAUAUUCCAGGUGCUAUUAGUUUAGGUGUAUUAGAUAGCGAUAGCAUUAAGUGUGUGUACAAAACCAAGGGUGAGCUGCUAACAUUGGCCGAAGCCCUCGAACAGGAAAUUAUUCUCCCAUUCGAGAAUCGUUACCGCCAUUCGGAAACCGGCGAAAUGAUGUCCAUUCCCGAGGCAGUGGAUCGGGGUUUGAUUUCAUCUGUCUCUAUUAAAUCCAUUUUCAAUAUUUUCGGUUUCAAAGAUCCACAUUCCAAGGAGUUUAUUUCCCUCAACACGGCCGUCUCGAAAAAUGUUCUGCGCAAAAAAGAUGGUCGCUUCCAGUUAGAUGUAGGUAAGGCUGUGCUAGUAGAUCUUGAGGAAGGCGUAGCUCAGGGACUUGUCCGUCCGGAAGUAUACGAAAUGCUCAACCGCAAGAUAGGUGUCUUCGAUAGCAAUGGCCAAGAGUUGUCCCUUUUGGACUUGGUCUACCACGAUCUUAUUGAUACGAAAACUGGUUUCCUACUAGAGGUCGGUAACAGCAAAGUGCUGCCUCUGGAACCAGCCAUAGAACGUAAGUUUAUUACACCAGAAGGAGCCUUACUUUUGAUUAGUCUUUUAAACAUUACCCUUACCACUGAAACGGUCGUGAAAACCAUCAAACGUUACGUCACCAUUACUCAUACCGGUGAACAGGUUGAAACCCAACCGGAAGUGCUACUCUCUUUCACGGAAGCCGUUCGGAAGGGUCUCAUUGAUGAAAAUACUCGAACCUAUCGAGACCCAUCCACCGGUAACAUUUACUCCAUACAGCAAGCUCUUAACCAUGGUUUCAUCAAACCCGACACCGAAGCCAUUCCACAGCAGGAAAGUGAGAUCACUGCUGCAAAACCAUCUUCCAUUCCUAUACAAUUCGAAACUUGUUUAACGAAAACCAGCAACUCUAAAUCCAUCAACAUCGUAACCAAAUUUUUAGAUCACGAGCGAAAGGAAGCUCAAACUUUUGAACUCCCCGCCGGAGGAUGGUCUCUGGCUGAGGCCAUCUCCAAACAACUCUUAGAUCCAGUUUGUGGGCUUCUUACCAUCCCGGGGUCCGAUCGUUUAAUUACCUUCGGCGAAUGUGUCAAGCAAAAAAUUAUCAACAGUCAAUCCGCUUUUGUCGUAGAUUCCAAGAACCCUCAAAGAAGGGUUACUCUGGAUCGUGCUCUCGAAAACCGAACCCUCGAUGCCACCGGCCAUUAUUCAGUAGUCAAGGGUAACAAACCCACUAUGAAACAGGCAAUAGAUCGGGAGCUCAUAAUUUUCGAAGCUCCAUCCGAUAAACCCACAGAUGGUUCUUCGAAUCGUACCAUUCGGGUUACGAAUAUUGUCGGACAACCAGAUGUGGUUGAAAUUAUCGCUCCCGGAACGAACGAAGCCACUCCCGUAAAUUGCGUCAAAACACCAGAAAUUCUUAGUCCGGAACCACUUCAACUGGCUCCCGGAAUCAUUUACGAUCCCUCGACUGCGCUUGUCAUUUUCACUGACAGUGGCCGAUCGGAUAGUAUUGUAAAGGCCGUCACAAACGGGAAAGUCGAUCCCAAUUUGGUUAAAAUUUCUGAUCCGCAAAGCGGGGAAAGUAUUACGAUUCCGGAAGCGAUUGAGCGUGGUAUUUUAAAUCCUCAAUCCGGAGAAAUUCGGAGUGCCAACGGUCGGUCGAUAAGUUUAAUUGAGGCAGCUCAAGCUGGGCUUGUGGCGGUCGUUGGCGCACCUUUGGUGGCCGCGGCCGGGGCUCUGGACCUCUUGAAGACCAUGGUUGAUCCUUCGACCGGUGAAGAGAUUCCAAUCGAACUAGCUUACGAACGUGGGCUGAUCACCAGAAGUCAGCUACCUAGUCCCGAGCGUGCGGCUCUUCGCAAAAAGCUUAGCCUUGACGAUAGCCGAAGAUCUUCCGAAGGACUUAUCGUGACAGUCAGUGAUUUUUCAGACAAAAUCCCUAAAGAACCAAUUGUUUUACAACGGUUGCGGAAGUGUGUAUUGCAGCCGAGAGACGCAGCCGACAAGGGCAUUUUAGACGAAGAAACGUCUUUAUUACUAGACAAUCCAAAAACCUUCGAGAAGUCGCAAUCAUUAAAUCAAGCUAUUGCGUUGGGCUUAGUGGAUGGUGAUCGAGGAAAGAUUAUCGAUCCUCAACGAGGUCAUACGCUUACCAUUAUUGAAGCUAUCCAACGUGGAAUUCUGGAUGGUCAGGGCAAAGGUAGUGUAUUCGUGCCUUUGGCGAAAUCUCUUUCCAUUCCUGAACUACGUACACAAGGACUUUUAAAUGUUGCUGAUUCGAGGAUCUACCAUCCCGAAUCCGGUCAGCUACUUAACUUGAAAGAAGCUUUGAUUUGUGAAAUUAUCGAUCCUUUGACGGAAGUUCAAAUUUCUGGAGAUCGUCUGUCCCUCGAAAGAGCCAUUAAACAGGGUGUAGUAAACGAUGAAGAAAACACUGUCAACAAUAUGAAACUUGUUACAGCUAUAGAUAAGAAUGUAUUCGUUGUGCCAAAUUAUCUACCAAAAAUACCUCCAGCAGGAAUGACGAUUCCUGUUAUUGUAAAACGCAACCUAUUAGACGUGGAUCGGAAACAAAUUGUUCACCCAAUCAGUAACGCUCGCAUGACAGUCGAUGAGGCAAUUAAGAACGAUUUUGUCAUGGCGAUACCCUACAUUCCUAAUGUUGACGGAGUCGGUAUCGACGAAGCUCUCAACAGAAAGCUCAUUAACCCAUCGAACCAAUCAUUUAAACAUCCGAAAACUUCCGAAGAAAUUCCCCUCCAAGAGUCGAUCGAGUGUGGCCUGUUAGAGGUCAAACCUUUGCCAGCACUUGUUCAAGGCUUGCAAGCCAACGAACGGGUAACAUCGGUUAUGCAAUCGGUAACAUCUGUCCAUACCAUCACUACAAAAACUGUGGAAAUCCAAUCAGGAUUUGUACUGAUUUCGGCUAAUGAAGUGCAGGACACCUUGACGGGUGAGAUCAUGACUGUCGAACAAGCUCGUCAAAAAGGUAUCAUCAGCGAUGAACGAGAAACAGAGAAACUCGUCGUAGAUGAAGAAGUAAACAUCAACUUUACCGAUGCUCUACAUCGUGGACUGUUGGAUGUUACCAAGGGUACAUUCAGACAUCCCCAAACAGGCGAUGUAAUGUCCAUUUCUACAGCGGUUGAUCGAGGAUUUAUCGCCAGCAGCGAUGAAACUCCAAACCGAUCGCCGGAAAUGAGCCACAAAGUUAUUGCAAACAUACAAAUUCCUUCUGAAAUUCAAUCAAGUACCAUCGAACGUCGGGAGAUCACGACGAGUGUAAUGGGAGGUUCGAACCAACAAACCGCGUUCGUUUCUUCGUCCUCCAACGAAAGCCGCCUGGGUGAAAACAUCAAGGACGCUGCAAAGUUAGGUCUUAUGGCCGUGGUUGGAGCUCCUGUCUUGGGCGGCAUGGCUAUCGCUGGUGCGGUGAAGAAAGCUUUCGAAAAGAAAGAUUCGGAACCUAAACCAGCGAGUGUAGUUAGUGGUAAGCAAGACGAAAAUAUGGGUAGUUCUGUUUUAGCAAAGAAACAACCGGAACACUCAACCCAGGUUACUAUUAAAACUUCCAAACCUGAAAUUCAACAAAAGGUUAAUCAGACGUCUGAGGAUAAGAAACAAGCCGAUGUUCGAACAGAUAUUCCUUCAGUCGGACCUAGUAGAGAGGAGUCUCCGUCAGUACUCGGACAUCGGAAUAAACAGAUUGAUACGAAGGAGGAGAGAACUCCAGUUGUGUCUAGUGAAGAGAAGCCACAAACAAUUCUAGAAAAACAGGAACAAGUGGCUGAUACAAAGAACGAAACUUCUUCUGCUGUUCCUAUCAAAGAGAAGACGCCAACGCUCGAAAAGCACAAUAUCGAAGUACCAAUUUCAGAAAGCUCUCCGGAAGCUCCUUUAGUUUCUGAUGAGAAUAUAAAAUCUAUUGAGAGUGUUUUCAUUACAACUGAAGAAACAACCGCAAUCGUUCCAGUUGCAACCGAAUUGGGAGAACUUGUGUCGGAUCUUUCGGCCAGUAAUAUUGAAGUGGAACGGCUCGAACCCAAGGUUUCGAUCACUUCAGAUAAUACCUCAUCGAAUCAAAUUGAACUAGAGAAACAAGUAACACCAGUUGUUGACUUGAACAAACCACUUAAUUCUUCAGAACCACUUCAGAGCAAUGAAGAGCAUUCUGUCGAUAAAGAUCUGACGGUUAGUAGUUCCUCGAAACAAGUCGAAGAACAAUUGAUUCCUAAUGACGAGCAAAAGAAUACAGAAGAAAUUGCUAAGCCAGUCGAAUCUUCCAAAAUUGAUCCAUCAGCUGGAAGUUUUGUGAAAGAUACAGAACUAUCAUCACCAGUUAAAACAGAAGUGAAGGAAGAAGUUUCCUCUUCAGAUCAUACAGUAAACGACGAUAAAACGAACCAAUCUACAACCCCUCAUCAACAACCAGAGAACGUUUCCACACAAAUAACUGUGAAAGAGGAACUCGUUCAACCAGUUGAAAAAGCGAUUCCAGAAAGUCUACUUAGCUCAGAAACAGAAACAGUGCCAAUUGAAAGUAGUGUGCCAAAAACGAACGAAGAUCAAUCUUUGUCAAAACAUGUUGAACUGAAGACAGAGCCUUCUGAACAACCUAUUUCAAAACCUUUGGAACUAAUUUCAGUAGAAAUUCCUGCGCAAUCGAAAGAAUCGCGUCCAGAUCCUUCCGUUACAGUUCAGUCGAAAUACCUUGAACCGACGAAUACUGCCGAAUCUAACGCUAUGAGUGAGACCGGUAAAAAAGUUCUGGAUGCUGCUAAAUUCGGCCUGAUGGCAAUGGUAGGGGCUCCAAUCCUAGCUGGAAAAGCUGUGGUGGAUGCACUCAAGAAAGAUGGUUCAGAAAAAGACAAGUUAGCUAACGUUUCGAAUGCUACCGCAGCUUUCUUGCAGCAGGAACGAACGCCUAACACCGGCACUGAACAGCGUCAACUUUCUGAGCUUCAACAAGCUCAAAAAGAUGAUGACGUAUUCGAGGAAGACAGCACAAAAACACCGGAAAAGCAUGUUACGUUUGAGGUUGCUGCAAGUGCAACCGAUAGUUCCAAGCAACAAGCUGAAGAACCCUACGAGAGGUUAUCUUUAGGGGAAGCUAUUUCGCAAGGUAAAAUCAUUCCUAAAAUCUGCUACAUUAUGGUGGACGACAAAAAGAUGCCGUACACGGUCGAGGAGGGCUUGAACAAUCAAAACGUGCGAAUUUACGAUAUCAUAGACGUCAUCUCCAAGGAACUGAUUUCGUUCGUUGAAGGCGAAUCGGACAGCCUGGUGAUCGACAAAAGCCUAACCAAACAGAAGUUGAUCGAGUUGGGAGUACUUGAUCCGGAAACCGGAAGCUUCAUUUUACCUUCUACCGGGGAGAGAAUUUCGUUCAAAGACCUCAUCUACAACUCCGGUCUCAUCGAUCCGAAUACAGUAUUCGUUAAGGAUCUGAGCGGAGACAAAUACGAACGGCUAGAUUUGGCACUGCAGAAGCAUUUGAUCGAUAAAAACUCCGGUCACAUGUUGGACAACAAAACGGGAAAAAAGGUUAAGUUUGUCGAGUGUUGCAAGCGAGCUUGGAUAAUUCAAAGGGAAUCAUCCGAUGAGAGCUUCGACAUUUCACCGACACUUUCAGAGGUGCUAGACGCAGGACAAUUCAAUCCGCAAACCGGAGAGUUUGUGCAGAACAACCAAAUAGUACCGUUAACCGAAGCCCUUAGGGCUGGACUGAUCGACAAUGAUUCGGUUUCGGUUCGGGAUCCUACCGAUGGUGAGAUUGUUCCGUUGCAGGUCGCCAUCGAGAGAGGUAUCAUUGAUUUGAAAUUAGGGGUUAUUUUCAACCGGGAGACUCAGGAAGAAAUCGACUUAAACGAAGCAUACAAUCGGGGUUACAUGUUGGAAGGUAAACGUAGACCGAUUUCUUUGGAAGCAGUCGUUCGAAAGGGUCUUUACAAUCCUCAAUCGGGGUUGAUUCUCGAUACGAUUACGGAAGAAAUGGUAGACGUUCAGCAAUCCGUUAACAAAGGUAUAGUUGAUCCGAAGAUUUCAAACGUUAAAGAUACGAAAGAGAACGUUCUGGUUCCGCUGCAAACAGCUUUGGACAAAAAGUUGAUUGACGCGGAGUCAGGAAAACUGAAAGACACCGAAACGGACGAAUUGGUUCCUCUGGAUGUCGCUUUAGAGAAAAAUCUGGUCGACACCAAAAAGGUUACUCACAGUUUGAUCGAUGUUUUGAACAAGGAGUUCUACAAUCCGAAAUCGGGAAAAAUCUUGAACCCCGGAAACGGGGAAGAGAAUGUUCUGAAGGACGCAAUCGAUAGUCAGCUGGUUGAAAUCGACAGCGUUCUCAUUCGAGAUGAACAGAAGGACAAAGUGGUUAAAUGUGGGGAAGCAAUCGAAAGUGGUUUGGUCGAUGAUGUCCGAGGUUUGUUGACACGACCGGAGCUUACGUUGGAUCGCGCUUACCAGAAGGGUUACAUUUUGAGCAAUAAGAAGCCGAUUUCGUUGACUGAUGCUCUGCUGCGUGGGUUCUACGAUCAGAAUAGCGGUCUUUUGCGUAUUGAUGGUGCUCCGGGAGUGACCUUGGAGAAGACAAUCGAUGACGGGGAAAUAUCUACGGGUGAUUUGAUUGUCCGAGAUCCCAAGAGUCGAGGGGUAGUAAGUUUGUCGGAAGCUAUUCGAGGAGGAUUGGUUGAUCCGGUUUCCGGGAUGGUGAUAGAUUCAGGUUCUGGAUUGAGCAUGGGUAUGACGGAUGCUUUAGAACGUGGUAUAAUUGUAGUAGCUAAAAGGCGCUGCAGUUUGCCGGAUGCAGUUUUCCGUGGGUUGUAUGAUCCAAAGUCGGGUCAGUUUAGCAGUACCACAACUCCGGAGAAAAUGUCUACCGAACGUGCUAUUCGCCGGGGCAUGUUAGAUCCGGAGUCUACGAUUGUCAAUGUUGCCGGAAGGAUUCAACCGUUUGAACUAGCUGUUGAAAAUGGAACAGUUGAUGUUAAAAGGGGAACAAUCGUUGACGAUGCGGGAAAUAAAAUUGACUUUAGGGAAGCUUUCGAUCGGGGACUGUUGGUUGAGGUUAGAAAGCCGAUCAGUUUGAGCGAGGCAGUUGUCAAGGGUAUUUACAAAGAAAAAACUGGUAUGUUCAUGGAUCCGAAGACUGGUCGAAGGCUAACGCUCUCCCAAGCUAUAGCUGAGAAAAUUAUCGAUCCAAACUCGGUACAAAUGAAGGAUUCGGCUACUGGCUUCUACAAAGAUCUUGAUUUGGUGGAUGCCAUUGAAAGUGACGUGAUAAAUGGUCAGAACUCGAAUGUCAAGCAUGGUAAGGAAAAGAUUACGCUGAAGCACGCCUUCGACAUUGGACUGUUGUACGACAGUAAGGCUCCAAUUAGUUUGCAGCGAGCUAUCCACCAAGGUAUUUAUGACGAAAAGACGGGUAAAAUUAUUGAUCCCGUUUCGAAUCGUAAAAUUACGCUACACGAAGCUACUCGUAAGUUUGUUAUCAAUCCCCAAUUGCCGUGUUAUUUCAACGAGAGGGAUGAAAUUAUGUUGAACCUGUUCGAGACCUGCCGUGCCAAGUUGAUCGAUCGUAGAGAGGGAGUCUUCAAAGAACCCGGUAGUGAGGCGUUUAUUCCGCUGAAUGAAGCCUUGGGCUUAGGGUUGAUAGUCGAUAUUGAAAGUGCUGGCUUCGGCUUGUACGAAACGUUAGCUAUGCAUUUCUACGAUAGGAAGAGUGGGAAAAUGUUGCACCCUAUUACGAAUCGUAAAAUAACGCUCAAUGAAGCUUGUAGAGAGGAUAUAGUUAAUCCGAUGUCGUCAAUUGUGAAAAAUACGGUUACAGGGAAAUACAUUCGUCUUGAUGAAGCUAUUGAGGCCAAAAUCAUUGAUGAUCAAGAAGGAGUUUAUGUCCUACCAAAGGGAAACAAAAUCGAUUUGCAGGAAGCUAGGCGGAAGGGCUUGAUUGUAACGAAUCAAAAGUUGCUAUCGAUGGAAAAGGCUAUCAAACAGCAACUGUAUCGACCGGAGGCUGGUACCUUUGUUGAACCCACUUCCGGUGAUCAGAUCAAUCUGUUGGAAGCGUUAGAUAGCGGGUUAUUGGAUUUUGAAACCACUGUUUAUAAAGAUGCUGUAACUGGACAGGACAAGCCCCUUAGAGCAGCGAUUAAUGAUCAGGACAUUGAUGUAGAGAAGGGUAAGGUAGUGGAUAGGAAGGCAGAUCGUACCUUCAACUAUGAUGUAGCUUUCGAUAAGGGUUUGUUGGUAACGGUUCAGAAGCCGAUUACUGGAAAGAUUUUAGAGCGUAAGGAGAGCAUUGACAAUCUUUUGCAGGAAUCGCCAAUAGGGAAAGGACCGAAAGAAAUGAGUUUGAAAGAUGCGCUUAGACAUGAUAUUCUAUCGGCGGACUUGUCAGUAUUAAAGCAUCCCAAGAGCCGGAUGUUUAUUCCGUUGAAGAUAGCCUUACAAGAUGAUUUGAUUUCUGCAGAAAGUAGAGCCACAGUGGAUCCAAAACAGUCAUUCUUUGUGUUCGGCGAAAAUCAGAUCGUAUACGUGAAGGAACCUUUGACCUUUGACCAUGCGGUUGAGUCUAGUCAGCUGGAUCUGUCGACCGGUAAGUUCUUGUAUAAAACUCCAACGAUUGGUGGUGGUUGUGCGCCCGAUGGCAACACUGUUGAGUUGUUGAGCCUAAAGGACGCCAUCGGUCAGGGUUUGAUUGAUCCCGAAUCGGUGCUGUUGAAGGAUGGAGCUAAGAAAAAAAUGCUCCCACUGCCGGAAGCGUUCCGGAAAGGUCUUAUCGACGCCGACAAGUCCAACGUGUUAGAUACCAAUACAUCUAAGCUCACUAGCCUUCAGACGGCCGUGGAUAGUGGCCUGUUGAUAACGCCUAAAAGGGCUCUCGGUCUCCUGGAGGCUCUAGAUUUUAACUUGUACAACGCCGAACGGGGCACAUUCGAUGAUCCGUUCCAUCCCGAUCAACCGAAAACUCUCAAUGAUUCUAUACAAUCCGGUUCGAUUGACCCAACAACAACAAUGGUGCGUGAUAUCGGUAACAAUAGUGUUAUAGUGCCGUUGCUAACCGCCGUCGGUAGCGGGCUAAUCGAUCCGAUCAGCGGACAGUUCAAUCUCGAUAGUGAACAAUCUAAGAUCGAUCUCGCGAAAGCGCGCGAUCGUGGAUAUCUCGUGCUAGCCGAGCAAAGGCAAGCGGUCGUCGAAAAGUUUGCAUUAUGCGAAGAUCAUCUGAGCAAACUACUCGAAUGGAUCACACGAGUCGAACAGGACAUUGCCUCCGUCGGUGGACCCAAAGAACGUGUAGAUGACCUGAGGAACCAAAUCAACUCCUUGAAGCAAAUCAAGGAUGACAUCGAUACGCAAUCGCGUCCGGUGGCCUCCUGUUUGGAGCAGGUGCGUCAGUUGGUUCUGACCGGUGGAGAUGUCCUGAGUGCUCCAGAGGUAGCUGCAUUGGAAAGCUCGGGCCGCGAGUUGCGGUCCCGCGUGGACAAAGCACAAGAUCGCACCGGAAAACUUCUACGGCGGCUUGGAUCUGCCCGUGAUGAGCUGAGCAAGCUGCGUUCCGAACUCGAUACCUUCACCAGUUGGUUGCAGAGUUCGCGUCGUACUUUGGAGGAGAAGGAAAACACUCUCUCGGAUCUGAACCGGCUCUCCAGUCAGUCGGAAUCCGUGAAAGAAUUCCACGGAGAUGUUGUGGCGCACCAGGCCGAUCUGCGGUUCAUCACUAUGUCAGCGCAAAAGUUUGUCGACGAAUGCAAAGAUUACCUCGUUGUCCUGAACGAUUUCCGAACUACACUUCCGGAACGAUUGCCGCACAUCGAACAAAUUUCCAGCUCCGACAGUCCCAUUCGCCAAGAAGUCUCACUAGUCACUGCACAAUACCGUGAUCUGCUAAACCGUGCCAAUGCAUUGCUCGAUCGCUUGGCCGGGUUAGGAGGACGUCAACGAGACUAUCAGGAGGCCUUGGAAAAGGCACGCUCAUGGCUGCGAGAUGUACAACCUCGCGUAACUUCUGUAUUAUCUGAUCCGAUCGCCGCUGAUCCACAAUCCGUCCAGGAGCAAAUGAACCUAACUAAAGCGCUACAGAGUGAAUUCCUAUCUCAGGGUAGACUCAUCGAUAACGUUCAACAUAGCUUAGAUGCCUUGUUGACGUCGCUUGCCGGUAGACUCAGCCCUGCUGAAGUAUCUGCCCUGGAAAUUCCCGUUGAAGACGUCAAAGACAAAUACAGACAACUCUUGGAAGCUCUCGGCGACCGUUCCAAACUGCUUGAUACCGCCCUUGUACAGUCUCAGGGCGUACAAGAUGCCCUCGAUGGCCUUUCAGGAUGGAUCAAUCAAUCGGAAGACAAAUUCAAGCUUCAAAACCGACCAGCUUCGCUCAUUAAAGAUCGUCUCGUCGAACAAGUUCGUGAACACCGUGGUCUGCUGAACGAUUUAGAAUCUCAUCGUACCAGUCUUGAAAGUGUCACUCUGUCUGCCAAGGAACUCAUGGCUACAGCUUCCAAUGCUCGCCUUGCCAAACGUAUUGAAACCAAUCUCGGCGACGUUACCGGACGCUUCGAGAAGCUUCUGGAUAAGGCACUUAGACGGGGAGAAUUCCUGGAAGACACUCUAGCACAGCUCAACAAAUUUAAUGGUGAUGCGGCGCAUCUUGAACAAGAACUAUCCAAUCUCCAGGAAGCUCUCGAGGGAAGAGAACUAACAACCCUUCCCGCUGAAACUAUGAUGCAACGAAUGAUGGAACUCAAUCGUAACAAAGAGCUGCUACGCCCUCUCUACGAAAGCUGCGUUAAACUUGGCAAGGAUCUCAUUGCCAAACGCGAUGUAACGGAUACAGGAAUCGUAAGAGACCGCGUCAAGGCCCUAGAGAACGGUUGGAAGAACCUAGACAUGGCUCUCGAAGAAAAAUUGAAACUAUCCAAACAGAAGGCCGAACAGCUCAAUGCCUACGAAGAACUUAAAGAUCAAGUACUCGUGUGGCUGUCGAGUAUCGAAACCAGAACCAACAACUUGGCACCUGUGGCUGUUGAUGUAGAUACCAUCAAAUAUCAAAUAGAAGAGGUCAAGCCGCUAGUCAAAGAACAUCGCGAUUAUGCUGUAACCGUUGAUAAAGUGAAUGAUCUGGGUGCUCAAUACGACGCAUUGAUUAGACCGGAAAGUCCAUCCCGUAAACGAUCCGUUUACAGUCCAAUCAAACGUUCCACAGUCAGCCCAAUGCGACGUCUUUCCGGGGACGCUCGUUCUCCAAGCCCGACCAAAGCGUUGGGCGUAGGUCAAAGCCCAACUGUAUCGCCACUUUCUCCUGGUGGAUCGAGUGGAUUCGGUAGUCGGCGCUCAUCACAAGAUGGAUUCCAACUAACCGAUCUGACGCCGAUCCAGCAACAACUUACUGAGAUUAACAACCGAUACAGUUUGGUUGGUGCUCGUUUGAACGAUCGACAAAACGAACUAGAUUCAGUGCGAGAUGAGGUACGAAAACAUCAGGAGAGUUUGAAAACUCUGGCAGCGUUCUUGGACAAAAUCCAGCGUCUUGUUCCGAAGGAGGUAAUCAGCAACAAAGAGGAAGCCGAACGUUGCAACAAACAAGCUCGAAAGGUAUUGGAAGAAAUGUAUGAAAAGCAGAGUCUUCUUGAUUCUACCAAAGCACAGUUGAAAGAUUUGCUUAAACGCAAGCCUGACGCUCAAGGCGCUGAUCGGCUUCGAUUGGAAUUGGACGCAGUCACUGAUCGUUGGAAGAAUUUGCAUGACCUUUGCAAGGAUCGCAUCAACUUCUCUGAACAACUGCGAGACUUCCUCGAUACUCAUGAUAACCUGAACAGUUGGUUGACAGCUAAAGAACGUAUGCUAACGGUUCUUGGACCGAUAUCUUCUGAUCCACGAAUGGUACAAAGUCAGGUACAACAAGUCCAGGUCCUCAGAGAAGAAUUCCGUGGACAACAACCUCAGCUUAACCAUCUUCAAGAGGUUGGUAACGCAGUCCUUGAAUAUCUGCGUGAGUCAUCUCCUGAAGGUCAAUCUGUGUCAACUAAAUUGAAAACCGUCAAACGUAAAUGGGAUGAUUUGGUCAGCCGAUUGGACGAACGAGCCCAAAGUUUGGGAGCAGCUGCCGAUAGUUCUAAGGAAUUCGAUGCAGGUUUGAACCGACUUAGGGAAGCUCUACAAAACAUUAGCGAUAAUUUGGAUGCUCUUCCAACUGACCGCGAUCAUCAAGAAAUACUGCGCAAAAUUGAGAAUCUUGAAAGGCAACUCGAAGGACAAAGACCACUUCUUGCUGAUUCUGAAGCUGCCGGUGAAGCUUUGUGUCGUGUGCUUAGUGAUCCUGCAUCUAGAGCCGACGUCAAUGCCCGAUUGGCUGCUGUAGGCAAACAAUAUCAGAACUUGCAGAAGAAACUUGACCUUAGAAAAGCAGAAACAGAUGCUGCCCUCCGAGAUGGACGACAGUUCGCAGAAACAUGUGCUCGUACUCUGGGUUGGUUGUCAGGUGAACUUGGUAAUCUUACCGAUCGUCUAUUGGUAUCUGCUCACAGACCGACUCUACAGCACCAAAUCGAUACACACGAGCCAAUCUAUCGGGAGGUUAUGAGUCGAGAACACGAAGUUAUCAUGCUGUUGAAUAAAGGAAAGGAAUUACAGGAUAAACCAGGACAAGCUGAUCGAUCUGUACAGCGAGAUUUGGAGAAAAUUUCACAGCAAUGGGAACGACUGAGGAAUGCUGCCGUUGAUCGACAUUCGCGUCUACAAACCUGUAUGGAACACUGCAAGAAGCAUUCUGCUGCAUCCGAAGCUUUCUUGGGCUGGUUGCGAAACGCUGAAGACAAACUUUCCUCUUUCAAGCCAGGUAUUUUGAAGAAGUCGCAGCUCGAUCAACAGCUAAAAGAACUUCAAGUAUUCCGCUCAGAUGUCUGGAAAAAGUCUGGUGAAUAUGAAAGCACCCGUGGACUCGGCGAAUCGUUUAUAACGGCUUGUGAUGUUGAUAAGGAACCUAUCAAGGCCGAAUUGCAAGAUAUGAAAGAUCGGUGGGAACGUCUGAACAAUGAACUUUUAAUGCGUGCCCAAACUUUGGAGCUGUGUGCUAAGCGACUUGGAGAAUUCAACGAUGAGCUUCGUGAUUUGGAUCACGCCGUUUGUCGCUGUGAAGAUCGUUUGGCUGCCCAUGAUGCGCUGGGCGGAGCUGCUAAAGAUCCAAAACUGUUGGAUAGAGUGAAAACCAUAAAGGAAGAUGCAACUGCACUUAAGAAACCACUACAAGCAGCUCGAAAACUGGCGGGUGAUAUUGCUGUGGAAGCUCGUUCAGCAGGCGGAGAUGCCGAACAUCUGAAAAGCGAAGUUGAUGGAAUUUCUGAUCGUAUUGAAGAUUUGCAUGCACGGCUAGAUGAUCGCUGUGGUGAACUACAAUCUGCCGCAACUGCUGUAUCCCAAUUCAAUGAUGCAGUGAAAGCUCUUGGUGUCGAUUUGAGUGAACUUGAAAAUCAACUUGAUUCGUUGUCGCCACCUGCUAGAGAAAUAAAGACGGUGCUCAACCAACUAGAUGAGGUAGCGUCUAUUAUGAGUAAAAUUGAUCGCGUAGCCGGUAACGUUGCAAGCGUAGAAAGAACAGGUGAACAGCUGGUUGAUUCUGGCUUUGCCCCGGAUACAGUCGGAACACGGGAACAGAUCGGCGGUCUACGCAAACAGCUGGCUAAACUGGAAAACAAAGCUCGAGAUCACGACGAUUCCCUGCAGAAGGCUUUGAAAGCACUUCAGAAAUUCUAUGAUCUGCACCAAGGUACACUGGACGAUCUAAACGAUGCUACUGAUCAAGUUAAGAAAUUGAAACCAGUUAGCUCUGAAUUGGAACAGAUUCGUCUCCAACAGGAUGAUUUCCGUCGUUUCAAGACACGUCACAUAGAACCGUUGGUUGUUAAAAUUGAUGAAGUCAACCGUGGUGGACAAGAUUUGAUCCGUUCAGCUCAGGGAGGAGUUCCUACGAAUGUUUUGGAGAAAGACCUGGAGAAGAUCAACGAUAAGUGGAACGAUUUGAAGGAUAAGAUGAAUGAACGAGACCGUCGUCUGGAUGUUGGUCUGUUACAAUCUGGUAAGUUCCAGGAAGCUUUGGAUGGUUUGGCCAAAUGGCUCAAAGAUACAGAAGAAAUGGUUGCCAAUCAGAAACCGCCAAGUGCCGAUUACAAGGUAGUUAAGGCUCAACUGCAAGAACAAAAGUUCCUCACAAAAAUGUUGAUGGAUCGUCAAAAUUCCAUGUCAUCUUUAUUCCAACUGGGACAAGAAGUUGCGGCCGGGUGUGAUGCUUCUGAGAAGGCGGCUAUUGAACGCCAGUUGAAGGAACUAAUGGGACGCUUCGAUGCGUUGACAGAUGCUGCUCAAACUCGUACUUUGGAUUUGGAACAGGCUAUGCACGUAGCCAAACAAUUCCAAGAUCAACUUAUUCCUUUGACCAAAUGGUUGGAUGGUGCUGAACGUGCUGUCAAAGCUAUGGAACUUGUACCGACUGACGAGGAGAAAAUUCAACAACGCAUCCACGAACAUGAGCGUCUACAUGAUGAAAUUCUAUCCAAACAACCCGAUUUCAGAGAGUUGGCUGAUAUUGCUGGUCAGCUUAUGAAACUAGUUGGUGAUGAUGAAGGUGUGGUGUUGAGUGAGAAGGUCAAACUUAAUACGGAUCGGUACACAGAUUUGGUGCAAGCUAGUGAAAAUAUUGGUCACAUUCUGAACGAAUCUCGCCAAGACCUGCGACAUCUAGUGUUGACUUAUCAGGAUUUGGUAUCCUGGAUGGAAAGUAUGGAAAGCCGUUUGCAGAGAUUCCGAGUAAUCCCAGUUCAUACCGAGAAGCUUCUUGAACAGAUGGAUUUACUGGUCAAGUUGAAUGAAGAUAUUGCCAGUCGAUCGCCGAAUGUAGAAUCAACAGUUGAAGCUGGUUCAGAACUGAUGAAGCAUAUUUCCUCGGACGAGGCUUUGCAGCUUAAGGACAAACUGGAUUCAUUGCAGAGACGCUACGGUGAACUCACCACCAAGGGAGGUGACUUGUUAAAACACUCUCAAGAUGCUCUACCAUUGGUACAGCAAUUCCAUCAAUCACAUGUUCGUCUGGUUGAUUGGAUGCAGGCUGCUGAAGCCACGCUUUCCACCGGCGACUCUAACGAGAUCGACAUCGUGCGACUUGAAGCUGACUUGACGGAAAUGAGACCUGUGUUGGAAACUGUUAACUCAGUUGGACCUCAGUUGUGCCAAAUUUCCCCUGGUGAAGGUGCAUCAACAAUUGAAGGAAUUGUAACCCGAGAUAAUCGACGGUUUGAAGCUAUUGUUGAACAGAUCCAAAGAAAGGCUGAACGCCUACACCUGAGCAAGCAACGAUCCAACGAAGUGACUGCCGAUAUAGAUGAGCUGCUAGAAUGGUUCCGAGAUAUGGAUGCUUCCUUGCGAGAUGCUGAUCCACCAGCAAUGGCUCCGAAAUUAGUUCGUGCACAACUGCAGGAACAUCGUUCCAUCAAUGAUGACAUUUCCAGUCAGAAGGGACGCGUUCGAGAUGUUACAUCUUCUGCUAAGAAGGUUCUUAGGGAGUCUCAACCCAAUGAAAAUACCAUUGCUCUGCGUGAAAAACUAGAAGAUUUGAAGGAAGUAGUGGAAACGGUCGCCGGACUUUGUUCCAACCGUUUGGCCAUACUUGAACAGGCUUUACCACUAUCAGAACACUUUGCCGAUUCGCACAGUGGUUUGGUGGCUUGGUUGAAUGAUAUGGAACACCAAAUUGCAAUGCUUGCCAUGCCUGCUUUACGUCCUGACCAAAUUGCCGUUCAGCAAGACAAAAAUGAACGCCUUACGCAGUCGAUUGCGGAGCAUAAGCCACUUCUGGACAAAUUGAACAAGACCGGUGAAGCGCUCAUGGCUCUCGUGGCUGAUGACGAUUCUGCAAAGAUAAGCGAAAUUCUGGAAUCAGACAAUGCGCGCUACGCAGCUUUGCGUACAGAACUUCGAGAACGGCAAAAUGCUCUAGAAAGGGCGUUGCAAGAGUCCAGUCAAUUUUCUGAUAAAUUGGAAGGUAUGCUACGUGCUCUGCAAAACACCGCUGAGCAGGCCAACCAAGCUGAUCCAAUUUCUGCUCAUCCACCGAAGAUCCGCGAUCAAAUUGAAGAAAAUGCCGCACUGGUUGAAGACAUUGAUAAGCGAGGUGAGGCAUUUGCAGCAGUUAAACGCGCCGCCACGGAUAUCAUUUCAAAGGCUAAUAAUCAAUCGGAUCCGGCGGUUCGUGACAUCAAGAAAAAGCUGGAUAAACUGAACAAUCUUUGGAAUGAUCUACAGAAGACUACUUCAAAGCGUGGUUCUGCUUUGGAUGAUACCCUAGGGGUUGCCGAAAAGUUCUGGAAAGAAAUGAAGGCAGUAAUGGAGACGCUCAAAGAACUACAAGAAGCUCUUCAAACACAAGAACCUCCAGCAGCGCAACCGCAAGCUAUCCAAAAACAACAGGUUGCACUGCAAGAAAUCCGCCAAGAAAUAGAUCAAACAAAACCGGAAGUUGAACAAGUUCGACGCACUGGUAGUAAUUUGAUGUCACUGUGUGGCGAACCGGACAAACCGGAAGUGAAGAAGCACAUUGAAGACUUGGACCACGCUUGGGACAAUAUCACUGCCUUGUACGCCAAACGGGAAGAGAACCUAAUCGACGCCAUGGAAAAGGCUAUGGAAUUCCACGAAACAUUGCAGAAUCUGUUGAACUUCCUUACCAAGGCCGAGGACCGAUUCCAAAAAUUGGGUCCCCUGGGAUCCGACAUCGAAGCCGUCAAGAAGCAGAUUGCGCAGUUGAAGCAAUUCAAGGAUGAUGUUGAUCCCCACAUGGUAGAGGUUGAGGCGCUUAACAGAGCAUUGAACAGGCAAGCUGUUGAGCUGACAGAGCGGACGUCUGCUGAGCAGGCUAGCGCUAUUCGUGAACCACUAAAUGCAGUGAAUCGCCGUUGGGAAAACUUGCUGCGAGGAAUGGUUGAGCGUCAGAAGCAAUUGGAACACGCUCUGCUCCAUCUGGGUCAGUUCCAGCAUGCCCUGAACGAGCUGCUGGUUUGGAUCAACAAAACCGAUGCCAAUUUAGAUGAGUUGAAACCGAUUCCGGGGGAUCCACAACUUUUGGAAGUGGAGUUGGCCAAACUGAAGGUGCUUGCCAAUGACAUCCAUGCCCACCAGAGUUCGGUCGAUACGUUGAACGAUGCCGGAAGGAAGUUGAUUGAGAAUGAUCGUGGAUCAUUGGAGGCUUCAACUACCCAAGAUAAGCUCCAGCAGUUGAACAAACAGUGGCGUGAUUUGUUACAGAAGGCCGCUGAUCGUCAACAUGAGCUGGAGGAAUCACUGCGUGAGGCACAAGGCUUUACCGCAGAAAUUCAGGAUCUUUUGGGAUGGUUGGGAGAUGUUGACGCAGUUAUUGGAGCAAGCAAACCAGUUGGUGGUUUGCCAGAGACAGCUUCAGAACAAUUGGAACGCUUCAUGGAAGUUUACAACGAGUUAGAAGAGAACAGACCGAAGGUUGAGACUUUGAUCGCACAAGGGCAGGAAUACGUCAGAAGACAGACUCAGAUGCAGGUAUCGGCUAGUAAUUUACAGCACACGCUACGAACGUUGAAGCAGCGUUGGGAUGCUGUGGUUUCUCGAGCAUCCGAUAAGAAGAUCAAGUUGGAGAUUGCUUUGAAGGAGGCAACCGAAUUCCACGAUGCCUUGCAAGCCUUUGUUGAAUGGCUGACGCAAGCUGAGAAACAGCUUUCAUCUGCUUCGGCAGUAUCGCGUGUGUUAGAAACAAUUCAGCUGCAGAUGGAAGAGCACAAAGUCUUGCAAAAGGACGUCUCUAUUCAUCGAGAAUCGAUGUUGUUGCUGGACAAGAAGGGUACUCAUCUGAAAUACUUCAGCCAGAAGCAGGAUGUUAUUUUGAUUAAGAACUUGCUGGUUUCGGUGCAACACCGCUGGGAACGAGUGGUAGCCAAGGCUGCUGAGAGGACACGUGCUUUGGACCAUGGUUACAAAGAGGCACGAGAGUUCCACGAUGCUUGGCUACAGCUCACGUCUUGGUUGAAGGAAACCGAAACAACUUUGGAUACGCUAUCUGAGGAAACCACCAACGAUGCUGUCAAGAUUAAGAAACACCUUGAGAAAUUACGCGAGAUUCAGAGACAUCUGCAAUCGAAGGAAAGCUUCUACGAUAGUACCAUGCGCAACGGAAAGGGUCUUAUGGAUCGUGCGCCAAAAUCAGACGAAGCGGUGCUAUUGAGAAUGAUGAACGAACUGAAGGACUCGUGGAAACGGGUUUGCAAUAAGAGUGUUGAGCGUCAGCGCAAGUUUGAGGAGGCUUUACUGCUCUCUGGACAAUUUGCCGAUGCUCUGCAAGCCCUCUUGGAGUGGUUGCGAAAGGCUAAAGCUCGUCUGGCCGAAGAUGGACCAGUUCAUGGUGAUUUGGACACCGUAACAACGCUGGUUGAACAUCACAAACAGCUAGAAUCCGAUCUGGACAAACGAUCCGCACAAAUGCAAAGUGUAAUGAAGACAGGCAAGGACCUGGAAAAGUCCGACGAAACUAGGGAAACUUCUAAGAACUUGAAGGAAUUACAAAAGUUGUGGGAUGAUGUUCAAAACUUGAGCUCUAAACGCAAGCAGCGGUUGGAUGUGGCGUUGAAGGAAGCCGAACGACUUCACAAAUCGGUGCACAUGCUGCUCGAAUGGUUGUCAGAAGCCGAACAAAAGCUACGAUUCGCGGCCGCCGCUCCGGACGAUGAACAGCAGGCCAACGAUCUGCUUAUUGAACACAGUCGGUUCAUGAAAGAACUUCGUGAAAAGGAAUACGACAAAGAGGACACUCUUGGCCUAGCCAAUGCUAUCCUGGGCAAAGCUCAUCCGGAUGCAAUUCCAAUCAUUAAGAACUGGAUCUCAAUCAUUCAGUCUAGGUGGGACGAAAUUUCGCAGUGGGCUCUCAGCCGUCAGACGAAGCUCGAGGCUCAUCUGAAAUCCCUCAAAGAUUUGGACAAUUCAAUCGAGGAAUUGCUGGCAUGGCUGUCCGGUUUGGAAUCGACGCUCAUGAAUCUAGAACAGGAACCGCUGCCGGAGGAGAUUCCACCUUUGGAGGUGUUGAUUGCCGAUCACAAAGAAUUCAUGGAGAACACGGCCCGCCGGCAGGGUGAAGUAGAUCGUGCUUGUAAGCCUCGUCAACCACCGCCAGGUUUGAAGGAAGCCCGCAAACCGUCCCGCGGUGUUAUGAAGACGCCUAUUAAGGGAUCACAACAUGAUUUGCGCGAACACUCGCCAGACUACGGCACCCUAGGAAGAAAGCAAAGUUUCAAGGGAUCGCGUGAUCAAGGACUUAACUCACGUCGUACAAGUCGUGUGAGUCCUGGACGGGAAACCCAGACACCGGAACGUGAUCGUUUGCCGCAUUAUGGUCCACGAUUCUCACCAAGCAAUCAACCGGAGACGGAGUUGCGCUCACCGCGCGCCAAGCUCCUGUGGGACAAGUGGCGCUACGUGUGGAUGCUGGCAUGGGAACGCCAACGGCGUCUACACGACCAUCUACUCUACCUGCAGGAUCUGGAACGAGUGCGGCAGUUCAGCUGGGAGGAGUGGCGCAAGCGCUUCCUGAAGUUCAUGAACCACAAGAAGUCUCGGCUAACGGACCUGUUCCGCAAGAUGGACAAGGACAACAACGGCUUGAUCCCGCGGGAGGUCUUCAUCGACGGAAUCAUCGGAACGAAAUUCGACACCUCGAAGCUGGAGAUGAACGCUGUGGCGGAUCUGUUCGAUCGCAACGGCGAGGGGCUGAUCGACUGGCAGGAGUUCAUUGCCGCGCUGCGGCCCGACUGGCAAGAUCGCAAGCCAAAAACCGAUGCCGACAAGAUCCACGACGAAGUCAAGCGGCUGGUGAUGCUGUGUACCUGCCGGCAGAAGUUCCGGGUGUUCCAGGUCGGCGAAGGCAAAUAUCGGUUUGGAGACUCCCAGAAGCUGCGUCUAGUGCGAAUUCUCAGAAGUACUGUCAUGGUUCGUGUCGGAGGAGGAUGGGUUGCACUGGAUGAAUUCCUGGUCAAAAAUGAUCCCUGCCGAGUUGCGCUAGUGCUUCCACUUCCGAAUCCGAAUGAUCCCCGCCAGCACGAGGCCUGCUGUCCACUUUCCAAGGGACGCACCAACAUCGAGUUGCGCGAGCAGUUCAUUCUAGCCGACGGCGUAUCGCAAUCGAUGGCCGCCUUUAAGCCGCGCAUGUCCGGUUCCGCUGGAUCGGGCUCGAAUACGGCCAGCUCGCCCAUCCCGACCCAAGGUCCGAUUGUGAAGGUGCGGGAACGAUCGUCCAAGUCGAUCUCGAUGUCCCGGCCAUCCCGUUCGUCACUGUCGGCCUCGACGCCCGACUCGCUCAGCGACAACGAAAGUAGCAUAGGAACGCCGGGCCGAUUCCAGACGCCCAGCCGCAAAACUUCAGUAGUGCCAAUCAGAUCUCAAAUGACACCCGGUGGCUCCCGGGCCAAUUCUCGGCCCACGUCCCGGCCGGCUAGUCGAGCCGGAUCGAAGCCACCGUCCCGUCACGGAUCAACUCUGUCGUUGGACAGCACCGACGAUGCCACACCCUCGCGCAUUCCAACCCGCCGGAUAACGACGACAACGACGGCUCGGCCAUCGCGGCUCUCGGUCGGCGGUGCCGGAACAACCACCACAACCAAUGGCGUCUCGUCGAGGACGGCGUCAGGAGCAGCAUCGCCCGCACCAACCAGAAACGGUGGCAUGAGUCGAUCAUCAAGCAUACCAACACUAGUAGGACUACCAAAUAGCAGUCAUCGCUCUCGGAUUCCCGUGAGACAGACAUCGAAUGUGUCGAACUCUUCGACGAAUUCAGCAACGGGGAAAACGAGCGGCACCUCGACCCCAUCGGGCAUGAUGACGCCCCGGCGAACCUCCGUAGAACCUCAAACGCCCGGAACAGCCGGAAGCACCCGACCGGAUCGAAGUUCGCGAGGAACGACACCGAGCGAAAAGCGUGCCCCAUUUAGGCUGUAAUCCCCUCCAUCGUACUCUCUACCUACUAGUAGAUUUGAACCGGGAAAAAACAAAAAAAAACUCCAAAUGAGACGACCGAAAAAAAAAUUCCCAACGGAAACGAACGAACCAACAAAAAUGGAACAACUCGAAAUACCUAACACCACGCCCACUUUUGUGCUAACAAGAAACCGUUCUCAGUUCGAUGCCGAAGGUCGGGGAGGAGGGGGAAAGACCUAUGAUAACAUAUAGUUUCAAGAAAAGCUUCCCCAAACGGCCGGUCGUCUCUGUACUAAUCAGUUCAAAGUAUUUUUUCUGUUUAUUUUCUUCUUAUUUAUAAUAACUAGCUUUUCUUCGUUGAGAAGAAUUAAAAAAUGCAAUACUAAUCGAUGAUAAUGAUUAGAGAUUCCAGAGUGUAGCAGCGAGUUAGCGUGUAUGAAGAAUGUCAGAAAAAUGAUAAGCGAGAGAGAUAGAAAAAGAGCGUUACAACAAGCGAUUGUAAAACAUUUUUUUCACAGUGUACAUAUUCCGGUCUUCUUAGCAAGAAUUUUCCAGUGAAACAGAUAGUCCCCUAGAAAGAAUGAGAAAAAAGAGAGAUAGCGCUAAAGGUAGCAAGUUUCAGAGCUGUAGAGCAACUGAGGUAGAUCAAUUGCAAAAGAUUAGAAAAUAUGUGGUUUUUUCUUUACAGUGUACAUACUCUAGGAUAGAAACCGAAGUAAAGUUGUAAAAAUUCAUUUGAAGCCAGGAGACGAAAUCGGUAAAGACAGCUGUUUUUUUUAAAGAAAAUAACCAUCAUUUUAUGUGAAAAGAAUUAUUUGGAUUUGUUUUGGAAGUAGAUACAGUUGUUAGGGGACUUAAAAUAUAUUUGCGAAUAAAGUUUCAAAGUAACCAUUAGAAGACAGGAUUGUGUAAAAUCGCCAGUUCCUCAAUUUUGGUCUUCAAUGGAUUCUUAAUUUGAGUCAAACCAUUGUUAAAAAAGUUUCUACAUCUGUUCAGAAACCAUAUGAAUGAGAGCGCGCGCGUGUGUGGUGAAAGAAUCGCCGGAGCGUUGUUUUUUGUUUGUCAUAAAAAAUAUUUUUAUUUAUUAUUUAUGAAAGAUUUAGGAUUUAAAAGUUAAUUUCUUUGUUUAACCGUUGCUGUCAUUCGCUUGACGAGCGAAAAAUCGCCAGUUUUCGUUGGUCGAUCGAAUGGACAUUAUUAUGUUCACCAGAAGAUGCUCUUUCGAAAAGGGAUUUCCAAAACCGUGCCGAUUGAUGCCUGUGAUGAGAAAAAUCGCCAGUUUUCUCACUCAAGCAACACACUCACACACGUAGGCGAAUCCUGUUGACGCGACAGUAUCUUCGGUUUUUCAUUAAUUUACUUUUUUGUUCGGCUCCAUACGGCUUGCCUUCGGUUCGAGCUUGCUAAAUAAAAUGAAUACUAUAGGAAAAAUAUGCCGAAACAUAAUUGUAGGUUAAAAUGUUUACGCAGUUAUUAAUUCAUUAACUACAAAAGUCAUUUAGGUGUCUAAGGUCAAACGGAAUAUUCUAAGAUAAGUACGGCGUUUAUUUGCAAAAAAAAAACACUAAAACAAUGCUAAGCUGUUUUUGUAAUUAAAGUUGAAAAUAGAAUUUUUAUAUAAAAAAUAAAAAGAAAAAAAAUGAAAAAAAUCACAUUAAUUAAUUCUAGGCGUGAUCAUAAGGCAAAAACAAGCAGAACAGAACUACUACUAGCUUAAACAAAUUAACUUCACACCUUUUUUCAGCUAUGGCAGUUGACAUUGUACUACAUGUGAUUCAAAACUUAACGCGAAAUAAAUCAACAAAAAAAAUCUCAUGAAAAUAAUAAACGAAACCCGAAUAAUCCAA